CGGGUCGCCUAUUUAAACCGGCGCAGCCCGACCAUCCUCCUUCCCCCUUCGCCUCCCAUCUCCGUUGCUCUGUUUCAUUGAGGAGAAGUUCCCAUCGCCCAGCGAUCGGUUCCUCCUCUUUGUUCCGCUUCUAAUAGAGAUCAAGAUGGAGUACGAGGACCGGUGCCGGCAAUCUCAGAGGGGUAAAUAUGAUUGCCUCCUCUUCGAUCUUGAUGACACCCUCUACCCGUUGAGUUCCGGAAUCGCAAUCCAGUGCCGAAACAACAUUGGAGAUUAUUUGGUCGAGAAGCUUGGGAUCGAGGAGAACAAGGUAUCGGCCUUGUGUAAUCUUCUGUACAAGAACUACGGCACGACGAUGGCUGGCUUAAAGGCCAUUGGCUACGACUUCGACUAUGACGAUUACCACAGCUUCGUUCAUGGAAGAUUACCGCACGAGAAUCUGAAGCCAGACCCUGUUCUCCGGCAACUCUUGCUGAGCCUUCCCAUUCGCAAAGUCGUGUUCACGAACGCCGACGAGGUCCAUGCCGCGAAGGUGCUGAAGAAGCUGAGACUGGAAGACUGUUUCGAAGGAAUCAUAUGCUUCGAGACUCUCAAUCCACCAUCCUCCUCCUCUGUGACAGAAACCUCGAGCCAGAUCUUCGACAUCGUCGAACACUUCGCUCGACCUGACACCGGAGGAAUCGAACUGCCGAAGACUCCGAUCCUCUGCAAGCCAUCGCUCGAAGCCAUGGAGUACGCCCUCAGGAUCGCCAACAUCGAUCCCCAGAGAACCGUAAGACGCAUCUACGUACGAUCUCGUCGCUCCUUGAAUUCUGUGGCUGAUACGAUACAUUUGUUUACGAUGCGUUGCAGGUUUUCUUUGAUGACAGCGUGCGGAACGUUCAAUCAGGGAAACGCAUUGGGCUGCACACUGUGCUGGUGGGCACUGCGCACAAAGUCAAAGGCGCCGACUACGCUUUGGAAAGCAUCCAUAACAUCAGGGAAGCACUGCCCGGGCUGUGGGAGGAGGCCGAGAAAUCCGACGGCAUUAGGUACUCCGGCAAGGUCGCAAUGGAAACAUCGGUCACUGCUUAGCUCCUCCCCGUCGAGUUCAUCCAUCCAUCAUCACGGUGACGAGGGGGAAAGGAUUAAUCUCCAUAAACUGUUCCCAUAAUUUGUGGUUCGAUUGUGUAUGUCCAGAAAUAAAUGUUUUCCUGCAACA